CCGCUGUACAUUGUAUAAAGUCAGGGCAGUUCGUUCUGAUCAACCCUGCUCCCUUGUUGUACAUAGUAUGUGCCACAAUGACCCCUUGCCUAAGGGGCAGCGCAAUGAGCUUACUGAUCCAGAAAUGUAGCCUUUUGCCCCCUGAGCAUGGCCGCUCAAGGCUAGACCCUUCUUUAAGAGGCUGUGUCUGCUGAAGUUGAUUAACGAGUCCCUCCGCUCCCUCCCCAAGCCUUCUGCCUAACCCUAUCAUCCUACGAUUUCGGACGGGCAGACCCCGAUCUCAGCUCAGCGCAGUCAGCUCACAAUUCUAGUGUCUAACGUGCAGGCAGAGCGAUAGAAACUCAUAUGAUGCUUUGGUCCACCAAUACACCGAAAUUCUGACCACCUGUCUAUGCAGUUAUACUUGCAGCUCCUACAAACCCAUCCUAGAUUAGCAGCUGAUCAAACUGUACACACCUAGGCUGCUCUGUCAACAAAUCUCUGAUGGCCAUGGACUCAGUGCAGGAGACAUCAAAGACAUUGCCACAUUUACUGCUGGACAAGGACCCUUACACUGAUCUUGGAGCAGUUGGGUUGGGCAUGACCGGAUAUAUCCUCGGCAUCGAUGAUGAUCGGGUGGUGAAGGUAGCCAAAACAUAUCCCGUGGAAAACUCGGAGGAUUUCUUUAUGGAACACGUCAAUGAAAGCAACCGUGAAGCACUUGUCACAGAGAUUGAGAUCUACCAGAGGCUGGGACGUCAUGAAGGCAUCAUUCACUGCUUCCAGACAACAAACUUUGGUAUCGAGAUGGUUUUCGCCAAGCAGGGGGAUCUCGAGACAUAUAUCAACAGCAAUCCGGAGCCCACAGAACCCUUCAAGAUUCAUUGGAUUCUUUCCCUUAUUGAUGGUUUAUCUUAUAUCCACUCACGGAAGGUGCUGGUGGAUGAAAUAGCGUUACGCAAUAUCCUUGUCGAUAACGGCCAACUCAGAUUUGCCGACUUUGGCCAAUCUUACCUUUUACCUUUGUCAACAAAUAUGGACACAAUCUGCGAAAACGACCUGACCGUCAAGAUCGAGAUCCUCCAUCUUGGUUGGAUCAUUUAUUCGAUUGCUUGUUGGAAGGUGCACAAAUACUACUUUUUCGGCGAAGAUCGGUACAUGGAGUGGCCAACAUCAGAUCAGCUUCCUCCACUGAAGGACCUCUUUUGCGGAGCCAUCGUCGAAAAUUGCUGGAAAGGCAACUAUGUCAACGUGGAUGCUCUCAAGCAGCACGCCUGUAGUCUGCUUCUCAGAUAAAGUCGUGUGGAUAGAGGUUAUGUAUUACUAGAACCUCAUCUUCCCUAAUGGCGAAAAGGACCCAAUGCCAUUCACAUAAAUGAGGUUCGGCUUCUUACCACAGAGGUGACUUACUAGACCC